AUGUACGACUCAAUGUAUGUACAGGAGCUACUUCGCGGCGUAGAGCCACUUUCAGGGCAGGUUAUCCCUGUUAAAACUGUUCAAGAGGCGCGGCCACGUGAAGAAUUUGCGGAUGCAUAUGUAGUAGAGGUCGGUGUGAAAAGUGCUUCGAAAGUGAUAAAGGCUUUGGAUAGUGCCUUUCCUCGCGACCCUUCUCGUCCUCUGAGCCACCUUCGACGCUUCGCAAAGCACACCCAACUACCAGAUGACCUACGAUCUACCCUUAUAAAGGGAGAACCAUCGGCGCAGACCAUUUUCACUCUAAUUCCACCUCCCUUACCCGAAGCAGAAAUACUUGAGAAGCUAUUGGCUCCGUUUGCGCCACCAUCUGAAACCCCAUCCGAAUCGUCUCAGGACGUAGGGAAGAUUGAACUCCAGAUUAUUCGUAUCCCACUGGAGCCACCCUUGACGGUUGCACAAGCUGAGAAUUGGACGAAAACCAUGUGGCCCGUCACCUUUAACCCUGCAGCCCCCAGAGCUACUAUUGCGCCACCCCUUCAAACCUUGAACCGUGUCCUCAACUCCAUCAAGCCCAAGGCAGGACGUUAUUUAGCCCUGGCGCGCAAGGUCGCCGAUGAAGCAGAGAAUUCUGGACACGGACGAAGGGUUGGCGCAGUGGUUGUCGAUCCAGAACUCGAGGCUCACAUUGGUGCGAUCGACGAGGAUGUAGGAAUCCAUUGGGCCGAUGCGAUUGUGGCUGUUGCCGGUGACGUACGAUACGCACGCCGAGAGGCCGGAGCAAUGUCAGAGUCUGAGCGACAGCUAGGUGCAGGGCCCAACCCCAAUGCGCAGACAUAUAAUUCAGACGUUGAAGGCGGGCCGGAGCUGCACGCGCUAAUGCGCGCAGCGGACUUGAUUGCUAGUGGGAGGCGCAAACAGGAUGGAAACGAGUCUAAUGAACAGUUACCUCUAAAUCAAUUGGAGAAGUUUUUCCUCUCUCAGUCGGACGUCUCCGGUUCCGAGGUAUUGGCUGAUUCCGAUGAUUUAUCGCCCGUGCCCGGGAAGUAUCAGAAAACUGAUACCGGGGCUAUCCCCAAACCUAUCGACAGUUCUCGAGAACCUCGACUUCGCUCGCGUGCUCAAGGCGGCUACCUCUGCACAGACCUUGAUGUGUACUUGACGCAUGAGCCUUGCAUCUGUUGCUCGAUGGGCCUUCUUCUUUCGCGCUUCCGGGCGGUUAUAUUCCCCCGACAAGGACGGAUGAUAACGGGAGGUCUGGCAUCGGAACCUGUAAUCUCACCAGUGCCAGUGUCGGACCCUGUGGACGAGGCGCAUGAGACGCCCGAAAUAACGCAGGAUCAGGAUCAGCACGAGUCAGAAGAAAAUACGUCCACUGAGCAUGCCGACCCCCAGCCACAACGGAUGUACUAUGGAUUGCACUGGCGGAAAGAGCUCAACUGGCGGGCCUUGGGAUUCGAAUUCGUCGAGGAUGGAGUCACAGAGAAGAGUGCCGAGGAAGGCCUGGCCUUUCACGCAUAA